AUGGCAAAGCAUCUAAUCACAGGUAUCUCCCUAGACGAGCUUCCAGAUAACUUCCGACAUGCGAUACAGGUGACUCGCUUCUUGAAGGUGCGGUACAUUUGGAUUGACAGUCUCGCUAUCGUGCAGGAACCUUUUGGUGACUUUGCAAGAGAGGCCAAUCUGAUGCAUAAAGUUUAUCGAUACUCACAUUCGGAUCUUUGGGAAAAGGAACUUCUUAACUCCAUCAUAUAUUACCGUGCGUGGGUGUUCCAAGAACGUAUUCUCUCUCCUCGCAUCCUUCACUUCACAAAACAUCAAAUCUUUUGGGACUGCGGUACGCUCUCUGCCUGCGAGGUGUUCCCAAACGGCCUUCCCUUCCCUCUCGAUCACAAAGCAAGCACAGAUCGACAUUGGAGAGGACGGCUAGUCGGAAGUACUGUCUCAUCCAACGCCUUGACUGGUGUUAACGAUAAUGAAAGCUCUUACACUUUCUGGAUGUCCGCAGUACAAAACUACACGGAAUGCAAUCUGACUAGUCAAGGUGACAAGACUAUCGCAAUCUGGAGUAUCGCGAAGUUGCUGCGCGACGUUAUGAGAGAGCAAUACGCCGUGGGCAUGUGGUCUGAAGCGCUCGAGGAGCAAAUGGCCUGGAAAGUACGAGAAACUCAAAAAUGUGAGAACAUGCCAGAGCUCGAUGCCAGUAUUCCUAGCUGGUCAUGGGCAAGUGUAAGAGGUUCUAUCGUGCCUCAACACCGGCUGGCAUUGCGAUCAUAUACAGUCACGGAUCAUCACGGGGCUAUGGUCAAAUUCACAGUCGAUGGGGAAACUAGGGAAGGCGAUAAGGAGCCUACGUUAGAAAGGAAAGCGUUGGAACUGAGGACUCACAUCGGCUUCGGUCGACUGAUAAGUGUGGAAGAGGACGUAUAUCGUCUCCGAGUCUUGGGCGAAGCCUCCAGCGGCCCCAUCGAAAUGGACGCCUUUCCCGAUGCUCCACUUUCAACUACAGCAAUCGAUCCGCAGCAAUGCGCAUUCAUGAUCCUUGCCGCAUCGGUCACUUCGAACAACACCAGUGGCCUUCAAUUAAGCCUACCUUCUUCUUCCGAAGCAUGUCAGACGUACUCCGGUAUAGGUCUUCUCCUCAUCACGCACUCUGCCUGGUUUUCCAAUCAGGAAAAACUACACCAUGAAUACAAAAGCGCGCUAUCAGGCUUGAAGCCAUCUCGAGAACAAGAAUGGCGCCUAGAUGCCUUCUCAAAACUCAUGUCCCAGCAGUCAGAGAGGAUUAUGAAUAUGAAGGGGAACAUUGCAAGCGUAUAUCGGCGGAUCGGAGCGUUGCAGUUUCGCGAUAUAGACGAGCAAGCCUUCAAAUCCUUGAUAAACGACCAGAACCUGGAGAAUAUUUGGUUAGAGUGA